ACAGGAUUGAUGACUUCUCUUCGGAAGUUUUACCUUAUAUUAGCAUUUUCGAAGAGGGAACUAAAUAAUUCAUAAAUGUAGGAAUACUGUGUAGAUAAAAUACUGCGAGGACAAAAAUAGCUUUUUGUCAAUUUUUCGGUAGGAUGAAAUGAAAUGUGCACAUUUAGACCUCUCGUCACAGGAGUUUUGAGACCUGACCUGCUUAAAACAUCAUGGGUGGAGCGGCAGUAGACACUGGUGACAGUGGGGUCAAGGCACCUGAUGGAGGUUGGGGUUGGGCUGUACUCUUCGGGUGCUUUGUCAUUACCGGUUUCUCCUACGCAUUUCCCAAAGCAGUCAGCGUCUUCUUCAAGGAGCUCAUCCAGGAGUUUGGAGUGGGCUACAGUGACACUGCUUGGAUCUCCUCCAUUCUUUUGGCAAUGCUUUAUGGUUCCGGGCCGCUGUGUACUAUCUUGGUGAACCGUUUUGGGUGUCGGCCAGUUAUGUUGGUCGGUGGCCUUUUGGCCUCCUCUGGAAUGAUCCUUGCAUCCUUUUCAACCAGCAUCAUACAUAUUUAUCUCUGCACGGGAGUCAUAACAGGUUUGGGUCUCUCCCUGAACUUCCAGCCAUCCCUCAUCAUGCUGAACAGAUACUUUAGUGAGAAGCGGCCCUUGGCUAAUGGUCUAGCUGCAGCGGGAAGUCCUGUGGCUCUGUGCUGUUUGUCUCCUCUUGGUCAGGUCCUUCAGUACAAGUUUGGUUGGCGUGGAGGCUUUCUCAUCCUAGGAGGCCUGCUGCUGAACUGCUGUGUGUGCGGUGCCCUCAUGAGGCCCUUGGUGGCUCCAAAAAAGAGCGAGGUUGCUGAACCUGAAAAAGUUGCACAAUCUAAACCAAAACCCAAGCUACUUGACUUUAGCGUCUUCAAAGACCGCGGGUUUUUGAUUUACACAGCGGCUGCCGCUAUUAUGGUGCUUGGACUUUUCGUACCUCCCGUGUUUGUGGUUAGCUACGCAAAGGAACUAGGUAAUGAGGAUACAAAAUCUGCCUUGCUGCUCACCAUUCUGGGGUUCGUCGAUAUGUUCGCCCGGCCCACGUGUGGAGUUAUUGCUGGACUCAAGUGGGUGCGCCCCAGAUGCGUCUACCUCUUUAGUUUCGCUAUGAUCUUCAACGGCAUCACCGAUCUUGUAGGCUGCUUUUCCAAAGACUAUCCAGCUCUCGUGGUCUACUGCAUAUUUUUCGGCAUCUCUUACGGUAUGGUUGGAGCCCUGCAGUUUGAAGUGUUGAUGGCCAUAGUGGGAACGGAGAAGUUCUCAAGUGCGAUCGGCUUGGUGCUGUUGGUUGAAGCCUUCGCUGUGUUGGUGGGACCUCCUGGAGCAGGUCUCCUACUGGAUGCCACCAAGAACUACAAGUACGUAUUCCUGCUGGCAGGGUGUGAGGUUGUUCUCUCCUCACUUGUGCUCGCCAUCUGUAAUUGGCUCUUUAUCAAGAAAAAGCCGCAAGAGCCGGAUCCUCCAGCUAAGAUGGAGAUGGCCGUUUCAGAUGCAGAGAUGGAGGUUCUCAACAAAGCUCCACAAGAGGAUCCGGAAAACAAAGAUGAUGUGGAAGGAACUGGAAAAGCGCAACAGGAAAUCGUAAAACCCAAGGAUGACAAAGUCAAAGAGCCUGAAAGCUCAGGGGUGGACUCUGUAGAAAUAGACGUUUCCAAAAAGUUGACUGAAGAAAACGGUGUUGUGGUAGAACCUGAAUCCUCCCUCUGAAGAUGCUAGUGUAGAACAAUAGAUAUGAAAACGUGCUCGGUCAGUGAAAAAAUGAGAUGCUUAACUCUCAAAGAUGUUUGUUGUUGUUGUGUAUGCUUGUGUAUCACGCUUUGUGUGUCUCUCAACUGGCUACAGAGAACUGCUUUGAGACCUGCUUUGCGUCCAAGAUGUGAUUGUUAAGGCCUGUUCCUGCUACGUACGCUAACAGAUAUCGGGAUAUGUUCUUGUACAGUCAGUGUAGUUUAUGAUGGUGCUGAACCGACAGAAUAUUUAUUUGUUGAUCCAAUAUAUUUGGAUAAAUUUUAAGGAGAGAUUUUACGAUUUUUUAAAACUUAUUCUAGUGGCACCAAAUGUGAUACACUCCGAGCUAGUGCAGGGAACCAGCAAUGUUAAGGAUUACCAGCUUGAUUUGUGGCAUAUCCUGUUUGGUGUGGCUUGUCUGCUGUAAAUUCUAUUUUCUGUAAUCUUAUUUUUUUAACUGUCCUAAGAGAGCACAGGAGUGUAAGAUUAUUUAUUUUUGGUGGUUUCAAAGCCAUGUGUUUGGGACAAUUCCAAACACUUUGGUUUGUAUGAAACGCGGGGUCCUUGUUAGUCUUUUCUUAAAUAAACACGCGCAUAUUCAGAAUUUGCAAAAUAUGUGUAUUAUUUAGGAUAUAAUUGGACAUAGUUUUGUAGUGUUUUUGUUGCUAUUCUAAUGUUAUCAGUAUUUAUAAUAGAUACAGUGUUGAUGUCAGUUGGCAGCUAGACCCGUUUUAUUCAUCUAAACUUCAUAACAACUGCAUCAAUCACAAGGAGAGGACCAUUUUAUGCAUUUGUACAGGAUAUGUAAAAUGUCUAUAUAUUUUUUUUCCCAUACUCAAUGUGAAUACGUUUCAUUGGGUACCCAUUUGGACAGCAAGAACCUUGAUAAAAAAAGAUGACCAUAGAUAUUUGGGCUUAUAAAAACCUUCCAGUAUACCAACCUUCUUAUCAUCUGUAUUUUGUACUUAAGACACUGAUAUGUUUGGUUGUGCCUUAAAUCUGAUUUGUUUCCCUAAUUUAGUUCUAGAAAUAAAUCAAUCAUUUUCCUCUC